AUGCAGAUCAUAUUCUUCCGAGACGGGCUCUCUGAUGGCAGAUAUGCCAUCAUGGGCAAAGAAGAAAUUGAGGACAUCACAGGGGCGAUUGACGAUAUCUGGCAGAACAAGAACUUGAAAACCGGAAUUAAAACUAACUUUCUCAUAGUUGUCAGUAAAUGGCAAGUCUUCAAUCCUUUCUAUCCCUGUGCUUCUCUCAUCAUCUACCACAUUUUGUCAAGACACCAUGUCCGAUUCUUCUCAUUUGUGUGUUUCAGACUACACACCGCAUUCACCUCUGUCACACUCAAUUUAAGUGUUGCUACCACGGUUUGCGUUUUGUUGUUUGUUGCUGCCUCAGCUCAUGGUGUGCCGUCUUAG